UUAGUAACCUUUGGUUUUAUCAUUUAGAAUCGUCUACGAGUUUCUCGAUCACCAUCUUCUCUCAAGAGUACCUGUUGUUAUAUGCCUCGGGGCGGACCUUGCCCGCGCGGCUCGAUGUCGAUCUGUCGUGGCUCCCGAUUGUUGUUGAUCGGGUACCAGAAGCAGAGCUUGGACGUCCCCAGGUGCCCGUGGGACGACCAGGGGUUUCCAUCGCAGCACGACCUCGGGAGGUGGACUUGGUGGGCAUGGGACUGGAACGAGUCGAGCUGGUGGACACCUGUCGCUUAGCAGGUGUGGACACCUCCUUCGCUGGAGGACUACCACCCGUCCUUGCGGCCAGGGAAGCCCUCGAUGCGCGCAUCGCCUCGAGCGCAGCCUCUCCCUCCUGAAUAGAACGCCUCGUCUCACCAUCUGCUUGCGAUGGUCGCCUGGGGCUCUUGAAAGGGGAGCUCAAAGACGCCGCGAGAGCUGCCGCAGCAAGCUUGGCGGGCGAUGGUUUCGGUGUUCCAUCAACCGACCAGUCCCCACGCGCCACACUUGCGGCGGCGUGCGCCGAAGCCGCGACCGCCACAAAGGCAUCCGAUGCGCGAAUGGGGCUCCCCUCAAACUCCUCGCUCAUUUCCACAGGAGAGUUUCUGCUUCUGGUUGGUGACGUCAUACUCUGCGUUGGCG